AUGGUCUACGCCUUCACACUGCCCUCCACCUCUCAUCUUUCGUUCCAGACCUUCCUUACCUCCAGCACCCACCCCUCUCUUCCCCAAGCCGCCACCACCGCCCGCCAUGCCCUCCGACAAGCUCUCAAAGCACACAAGCGUUUACCCCGCGGUCCGCAACAAGACGCCCACCUGCAGACUCUCCUCACCACCAUAACCAGCUACCUCCCUUACCUCCUCGCUCUUUCCAACGGCCUCAGCAGUAAGCCCGGCGACACAUCACCCACCGAAGAAAUUGAAAUCACCCUCCGCACCGAGAUCAUAUCCGCCUGGCGCCCGACCCUCACCAACCCCACCACCACGCUCUCCCUCAAACAGCGGCCCACCACCACCCGCAUCCAGGGACAGGGCCUCGACUUCGAGAUAGCCUUUGUCCUCUCCACCCUCAGCUACGUGCUCAACUCGCUCGCCCGCAUUGGCGUCACCCGCACACUUUACGCAUCCGCGACCCCGACUCCGGAACAGCGCACCGCCGCCAUCCAAACAGCCACCAAACACCUCCUCCAAGCCAGCGCCGUACACUCGCUCCUCGCUUCCUCGCCGUCUUUCGCAACUGCAGCCCAUUCCAUCUGCAAUAACAAAAAUGGAACAUCUACCCUCCCGGACCUCGACCCCGCCACGCAAGCGGCCCUGUCCUGUCUCGCCCUCGCAGAAGCAACUCUCCUCGCUGUCUUGAAGGACGAUUCCUACGUCGCGGCCUGUAUUCAAGCGCGCAAUCCCAAUGACAAGGACUGGAUGGUCCGCGCGCCGGAGAUCCCCAAGGUCCGGGCGCACCUCUUCGCUAGAUUAUGUAUCCGGGCUGCGGAGUAUGCGGAACAAGCUGCUGCGGGGCUGGGAUCUGUCCGCUCAGAGGGGCGGAUGGGAAUUGAUGAUGAUCUGCUAGGGUAUACGCGGGUACUGGGACGGGUUGCGCGGGCGAGAGCCUGCCGGUUCUUCGGGGUGGAUGCGGAAUUGUCUGGGAAGAUCGGGGAGGGCAUUGCAUGGCUGAGAGCAGCGAAGGGGGCAUUGGGGGUCCGGGGAGCUGGAACAGCUGCAGCGGAAACAAAGGAGACGAAUACUAAGAGUCGGACCGGACUGUCGAGAUUGAAGCAGGGUUGGAUGGAGCGGCGGGAGGAGAGACGAAUGGAGAAAGAUGCGGGCAGUCGGGAUCGGACGGAGAAGGGCGAGCUAGGACCGGGGGAUAAUGCAGGUCGGGAGGAGGAGAGUCGAGUGAUUGAGAUGUUGGAGACGAAGUGGGUGCGGAUGAAUGAUACGAUCAAUACCCAGCUGAUCCCACCCUCUACGGACCUGCUUGCCAACUUGCCCUCCGGUCGAGAUAUCCAUUCGGCGCCAGCACCAUACAAGAUUCCCUCGCUGGAUGAGGAGCAGCUGGUGCGCAUGCGUGCGCCGCCGGUGGAGGACGACUUUGGACCGGGAAGUGAUGUCGAGGACAGUGACGAGGAGGCAGCCAGUGUGGCGCGUGUGUAUACGCCGGGGACAGUACCGGAGCGGAGCGACAGUGCCUAUUAUUGA